CCAUGUAGAAAAUGAAAGACAGUGAUAGCAGAGAAAACCACGACGCUUGUGCCCGCAAUCACAGUUUAAAUAACCCGUGCGUCUUUCUCCGCAUUGAUCCCCGCUUAUAGCAGAUAAAUGCACCAACCCGGAAAUGCAAUAACAUUAUGGAAUGGCUCCAUCCUCGUCUUCUCCUCCUUCUUCCAAAUCUCCUCCCUCGCCUUCUCUCCUGUCUGAGCUCUUCACCUUUGUGUGUGCAAUAGACUUUCCCUCACGCCAUCCCGUUCGACCCUUUUAGUCCUGUGUCCUACCUGAUCUCGAUCUCUUUUAAGGUCAUCACUAAAGUCACCUUAAGUCUUUUCCAGGUCACCUGACCCUCCAAGUCCUUCAACAGAAAUUUUAGGAUGUUACCCGUGGACAGAGGCCAGAGCAGAGCAACCCCAGGUGUUGAUCAAGGUCUUACUCCGAAGCACCAUCCUUCAACCCCACUCCCCCAGACCGACAAAAUAUGCAGGUCCAAUCACAAGAAACGGUCUGAAUCUGCGUGGUCCGUCGACGGAGAAGAUGGCUCCGUCCUGUGCAGCAAGUGCCGCCCGCAUUCUCGUGAGAAAAUCAUCGUCGUUCCCAUGGAUAAUAAUGGAUCGAACAAGCAGUCGCCGUCAUUAGCAAGCCCAAACGGGAUUUUCAAGUUCAUCUUUUCCCCGCUGACGCGCAAGAGUCCAAAGUCUACCGAGGCUAUGUCAACAAGUAGAGAGGAGCAGUGGAAAAUUGCGCUGGCGGAGCUUUCAAAUAAGUUGAUUCAAGCUACUAGGAAAAGAGACGAGGCUAUUUCAGAAUCUUCUAGGCUCAAAUACUCCAUGGCCGAAUUAGAGAAGAAACUUAACAGACUAGAGAUGUAUUGCCACAAAUUAAAAUCUGGGCUCGACGAAUGCAGUAAUAAUUCGCCGUAUAGAAUGGCUAAGACCCAAAAUUUCCAUGAAAACGACGUAGUCGAACACUUCAUGGUCGCAGUCUCGGAAGCCCGGUCUUCAGUAAGGCUCCUGAGCCGUUCUCUUAUUAUGCAGCUAAGGCACAUGGGAGGCAAGGUGCACGAGAGAGUAUCCUUACUUCUUCAAGCUUACGAUAUUAAAAUCUCGUUUUCGAACAACUCCAGGAGCUUGCUUUUCUACUUAGAAGCCCUGUUAAAUAAAGCUUUCUACGAGGACUUUGAGUCGGUUAGGUUCCAAAAGAACGCGUCGAAUUUCAUACUCAAUCCAGAGGAACGAUGCGAGGUAAACUUUGCGUCCUUUAAUAUGCUUCAUGGGUUAACAUGGGAAGAGGUACUCUGCAAGGGGACGAGACACUUCAGUGAGGAGUACAGCAGAUUCUGUGAUCGGAAAAUGAGUGAGAUAGUGGCAAUGUUGGGUUGGAACAGAGCUUGGCCAGAGCCACUCUUGCAAGCUUUCUUCGGCGCAUCCAAGAGCGUCUGGCUGGUGCACCUGCUGGCCAACUCGGUCCACCCAAGCUUGCCUAUUUUCAGGGUGGACAAAGGAGUGAGGUUUGAUCCGGUUUACAUGGAAGACAUGAGUGGAGACAAGAGUAACGAGUUAGUCUCAAGCAUGGUCCGGAUAAUGAUUUCACCGGGGUUUUAUGUCUCCAGCGGUGUGGUUAAGUGUAAGGUGCUCUGCAAGAACUUUAGCAGCAAUGGUCAUUACCACAGUAACGUCGAAGAUAAAGGUUCUACCCCGUUACCUUGAGAUUUUGAAAUUUUAACAUUUGAUCUGAAAUCAUCAGAGAAAAAGAACAAGUGGAGAGUUUUCCAUUGUUACUUUUGUGUGGUGUUACAUUACCUUGGGGCAGAUGAGAGAAACGGGGGGUUUCCUUCUUCUUUUUUUUCCCCGUUAAAUGUGUGUUGCGUAAAAGAUAAUGCUGGGAUGUCUAUUUAUUGAGAUUUUUGGGUCAAAAUAGACAAUUUGGCUUCA